AUGGUGUCCGAGCUGGAGCUCCCCUUGGUGCAGGACGUCGAGCUGACCAACUGCAUGAGGCUCAGGGUGCAGAGCCUCCAGCAGAAGAACGAGAAGCCCCAGGACGGCGAGAAGCUCCUGCAGCCGAACGAGUUCGUCUACCGGGUGGACUUCACCCAGCAGCACAACCUCCGCUUCGUGCGCUGGAACGUCGCACUGGAGAACCCGGGGAAGGUGGACGUCAUCGGCACCUCCCAGCACUGGACGCCCGACCUGACCAACCUCAUGCGGCGGCAGCUACUGGAGCCCGUGGGGGUCUUCUGGAAGACGCCUGACUCCCCGGAGGUGGAGUGCAACGAGGCCGACGCCCUGGAGUUUGGGGAAAGGCUCGUCGAGCUGGCCAAGAUCCGGAAGGUAAUGUUCUUUCUCCUGGCCUACGCCGAGGGCCUCGAACCGGCCCACCUCAAGUGCUCCGUGGUCUUCAGAGUCUGA